CAAGCCCAAGCGAAUCAAAUCAUAGUCCAAUUUGCUAGCUCAAAUCAAACUAAACCAACAUGUUCAAGCUGUCCGCCCUCGUUGUCUUGUGCGCCCUGGUGGCCUCCUCUGUGGCUGAGCCCAAGCCCGCUGUCCUGGCCGCCGCUCCUGUGGUUGCCGCUGCUCCAGCUGGAGUUGUCACCGCCACCAGCUCCCAGUACGUCGCCCGCAACUUCAACGGCAUUGCUGCUGCUCCAGUUGUUGCUGCUGCCUAUACCGCUCCUGUUGCUGCUGCUUACACUGCUCCUGUUGCUGCUGCCUAUACCGCUCCCGUUGCCGCUGCCUACUCCGCUCCUGUGGCCGCUGCCUACUCUGCUUACCCCUAUGCUGCUUACCCAUAUGCCGCAGGCUACACCACUGUCUUGUAAGAGGAAUUACCUAAAACAUAAAACGGAUUCGAAAUGGACUAGGAAUGAACCUGACUAGCAAUAAAAAUCAAUCAAACUAAAA